AUGGUACCCGAGCAGAAUACGGAUGGAAGGAAUGAUGAUGCUAUUAUUUCCGCCUUGCAAGCAGUGGCUCGAGCUAUGCAGAACAACCAACAGGGAGGAAUUAUUGAGUUUAAUAGCUUGAGAAAGUUCCAUAGGAACAACCUGCCCACCUUCAAAGGCAGGUAUGAUCCAAAGGGAACAAGGGCAUGGCUUAGGGACCAUGAGAAUAUUUUCAGGGUAAUGGCGUGUACUAAGGCACAGAAAGUGCAGUUCGGUACACAUAUGCUGAAUGAGGAAGCUGAUGAUUGGUGGGAAGAUAUACGUGGUAAGAAAGAGAUUGAGUUUCUGGAAUUGAAACAAGGGAAUUCAACUGUUGCUGAAUAUGCUGCUAAGUUCGAGGAACUUGUGACAUUCUGUCCAUAUAAUAUUGAUGCAGCGAUAGAGGUUUCCAAAUGUAUCAAGUUGGAGAAUGGGUUGCUUCCUGAGAUCAAGCAGGCUAUCAGGUAUCAACAUAUUCUCCGGUUUCCUGAACUGGUGAAAAACUGUAGAAUAUAUGAUGAGGACGGUAGGGCUCGGUCUACUCAUUAUAAAAGUUUGAGUAAGAAGAGGGGAAGUUACAGAAUACGUGAAAACAUGGGAAAAAGAGAGCUAGGAAGAUAA